AUGGCCUGUCCUCCGCGAGAUGCAUUCCAGAUCGGUUGGAUAUGUGCCCUGCCGAUCGAAGCGGCCGCUGCCAAAGAAAUGCUAGAUGAGAAUUUUGGGAUUCUGGACGCGCAAGAUCCCGCCGACACAAAUGCCUAUACAUUGGGUCGAAUUGGAAAACACUACGUUGUGAUCGCUUGCCUCCCUGGAGGGCAGUAUGGAACCACGUCGGCCACGACUGUCGCAAAUCAUAUGGUUCGCACUUUUUCAAAGUCCCUCCGCAUUGGAUUGAUGGUCGGUGUCGCGGGCGCAAUUCCUUCCGUUUCCCAUGACAUUCGACUUGGGGAUGUAGUAAUCAGCUGCCCUGAAGGCACAUCGGGCGGUGUGAUACAGUAUGACAUGGGGAAGAUCGGAGCCGGCGGUGAAUUUCACCGCACCGGCUCUUUGAACAGUCCUCCCCGGUCGCUUUUGACAGCACUCAAUUUGAUGAGGGCUGCGGAGUUGACAGAUGACCCUCUUUAUCCUGGUUACAUCCUCAAAUCCACUGAAAGGAAUGAGCGAACACGACAAACCUUCAGGAGACCAGGAGAAAACCUUGACCGACUCUUCAAGCCGGAGUAUGAUCAUCCGGAACAUGCACCUGAAUGUGACACCUGCCUGGUAGAAUGGGAGGAAGUGAGGAGUGAACGUGGAAACAUUGCCCCAAAGCCAUACUACGGUAUCAUCGCAUCUGGAAACGCCGUGAUCAAGGAUGCAAAGACAAGAGAAAACCUCAGACUGAAGACCGGAGCAUUGUGUUUUGAGAUGGAAGCAGCAGGUCUGAUGAUGGGCUUCCCCUGCAUCGUCAUUCGAGGCAUUUGUGACUAUGCCGAUACACACAAGAACAAGCAGUGGCAAGGGUAUGCAGCAUUAGCCGCAGCGUCAUAUGCAAAAGAGUUGCUAGCCUAUGUGGCCACCGGUCUUGUUUCACAGGAGCAAUUGGUGAUCAAUAUGUAUAGGGAGUUGAAGGAAGAAGUUGAAGGAAUCAGUCUGCGUCUGGCCCAAGCACAAGACCAACAAGAACAGCAUCAUCAUGAGGAAAUGACAAGAAACCUCAAGGACCAACAACAGAAGUGUCACCAGGUGUUUAAAGUUGGCAAUUACAACGAACAAAAGGAUAUCAAUCCAAUGCGGGCAGAAGGGACCUGUGAAUGGGCUUUAAGCAGCUCUGAGUACCUUCGGUGGACAGCCAGCGACCACAACGAACUUUUGUGGGUGUCAGCUGAUCCAGGCUGUGGAAAAUCAGUAUUGGCUAGAUCAAUCAUUGAUAGCCAUGUGCGAAAGCCUAGCCCAGCGGUGACAGUAUGUUAUUUCUUCUUUAAGGACAACGAGGACCAGAACAAUCUUGCCGCAGCACUGUGCUCUCUGUUACACCAGCUGUUCAGCCAAAAGCCUCAUUUGUUACAUCAUGCCAUGCCAUCUUGGAAGAUAAAUGGACAGACGCUUCAAAAAGAAGUCAAUGAGCUGUGGAAAAUUUUCAUAGCCGCAACAUCAUCAAAUUCACCGGUUCAAACGUUAUGCAUUCUAGAUGCUCUUGAUGAGUGCUGUGACAUAGAUCAAGAUCGAUUGAUCCAGAACCUCAAAUCUUUUUAUCAUGCCUGUCAGCCAACACGAGAUUCCCAUAAUUUUUGCUUGAAAUUUCUUGUCACAAGUCGUCCUUAUAAUCAAAUCCGGAACCAGUUUCGAUCAAUCACAAACUUCUCAUAUCUGCAUUUGAGAGGGGAGGAAGAGAAUGAUCAAAUCCACCGGGAGAUUGAUUCAGUUGUCAGAAUACGAACAAGAGAGUGGGCUGAAGCAGUUUUGCUGCCGCGGGAUUCACAGCAGCGACUUGAGCAGCAACUCCUACAGAUGGAGCACCGAACGUACCUCUGGCUACAUUUAGCAUUCGACGAUAUUCGAUCCACUUUUGAAAACAGCCUUUGGCCAGCCGAGGAGUCAAUUAAAAUGAUACCUUCAUCUGUGGACAAGGCAUACGAAAAAAUACUUCGUCGAGUUCCAACUGGACACAUGAGUACAGUCAAAAAGAUCUUCCAAAUUAUUAUUGCAGCACGACGCCCCUUGGAAACAAGUCAGCUAGCUAUGGCCUUGGGUAUAUCCAUCCGCCCAACCUCACAAACCGCAGCAGAAGCCGGAAUAGACCCAUUUCUCUUUGAUCAAAACCUGCGAAGUCUCUGUGGUCUUUUUGUCUUUGUCAACAACUCAAAGGUAUAUUUCAUUCACCAGACAGCCAGGGAAUAUCUCAUCAAAGGGCUAGCUGUCAGUCAUCCACUUUCGUGCAGCGUACGAGGUGCGGAGGGCCUAAUGGCUCGAGUCUGUUUGCAUUACCUGUCAAUGAAGGAGUUUGAAAACGUCGAAGUUGGGAGAUACAUCAGCUUCUCAAACCUUUUAGUAUAUUCAGCGGUAUAUUGGGCUGAUCACGUGCGGAGAAUGGGCUCAGCUGCAGAGCUAGAGGUGAAAGAUUUCCUGCACCAUGUCUACGACACAACAACAAACAUGUUCUCGCUUUGGUUCCCUACAUUCUGGGAAUUAGCGAUAUCCAAGGAACCAGUACCGAAGUUGACACCAAUCCACCUUGCGGCCCUGAACGGACAUCAGAAUGUGGUCCGUCGUUUACUUGGUGAAGGCCAACUCAAACCGAACGUUGCGGACAGUGUGGGCUCAUACCCGUUAAUAUAUGCUUCAAUUAUGGGAUAUGACAAAACAGCUAUAGUCAUCAUAGAGCACGGUGGAGAUGUCAAUGCCCAGGGUGGACCCCAUGGGAGUCCAUUACUAGCCGCUUGCUUAGAAGGACACGAGAAGGUUGUGCGGAUACUGUUGGAAUAUGGAGCUGAUGCAAACAGUGGAUUCAAAGACCACGAAAACCCCUUAACCAUUGCUUUUGUUCGCAGCCAUGAAAUGAUCAUGCAAAUGCUGUUAGAAUAUGGAGCUGAUGUCAAUACCAAAAUCAAGGACGGCACUCAUAUUCUGGAACGUGUUCUUUUGAGCAAGAACACGAAAAUGUUGCGUAUGCUGUUAAUGCAUGGAGCCGAUGCCAAUAGUCGCUUUCGAUCGAACCAUAUUCUGCAGACUGCUUGUGUGAUGAAACACGACGAAAUGGUCCAGAUACUGUUAGACUUCGGGGCUGAUAUCAAUGCCAAAGACAACGAUGUGGAAUACGAAGAGUUCUUCAGUGUGCUUGCCUCACCGGAUGUGAAAGAACCUUACAGAUACUGUUGGACUACGGGAUUAAUGUCAACGGUGCAGAUAAAUACAUUGAGUCUGCACUGGGGAGUGCUUAUGCUCGAGGACAUGAAAAAAUCGUGA